CGUAUUGGCUCCGCCAUGGCUCUGAGGCGCGUCUUCCUGCUGCGCUCGGUGGCACCACGUGUGGCCGGUCUCUCUACAGAGCCGCAGGCCCGCGAGCAGCCCGCCGCGAGCUCAGGGGCUGUGCGGGCAUGGCGAGCGGCCGAGGCUGUACGGCGGCCUGUGCCAGUCGUGGACUUCGGCAACACGCAGGAGGCGUACCGCAGUCGGCGGAGCUCGGAACUGGUGCGCAACCUGCUAGUGCUGCGCCUGUGUGCGUCGCGGGUGCUGCUGGCGCACCACGAACAGUUACUCCGUGUUGCCAGGAAGCUUCUGGGGCAGAGGAUGUUCGACAGACUAAUGAAGAUGACCUUCUAUGGUCAUUUUGUGGCUGGCGAGGACCAGGAGUCUAUCAGGCCUCUGAUCCGGCACAACAAAGCCUUCGGUGUUGGCUCCAUCCUGGACUAUGGAGUGGAGGAAGAUCUGAGCCCCGAGGAGGCGGAGCGCAAGGAGAUGGAGUCGUGCACCUCCGAAGCAGAGAAAAACAGCAGUGACACAAAUAAGAGGGAGAAGCAGUAUCAGGUCCACCCUGCCUUUGGAGACCGCAGAGAUGGCGUCAUCAGUGCCCGCACCUACUUCUAUGCUAGUGAAGCCAAGUGUGACAACUACAUGGAGAAUUUACUGAAGUGCAUCGAGGCCUCAGGUGGAGCCAGUGAUGGUGGUUUCUCAGCCAUUAAGCUCACUGCACUGGGAAGACCACAGUUUCUGCUGCAGUUCUCAGAUGUGCUGACCAGGUGGAGACGGUUCUUUCAUCAAAUGGCCGCAGAGCAGGGACAGGCUGGGCGUGCUGCUGUAGACACGAAGCUGGAGGUGGUGGUGCUCCAGGAAAGCAUUGCAAAGAUGGGCAUCGCAUCCAGGGCUGAGAUCGAGGGGUGGUUCACACCGGAGACGCUGGGAGUGUCUGGCACUGUGGACUUGCUGGACUGGAACAGCCUCAUUGACAGCAGGACCCAGCUCUCCAGGCACCUGGUGGUCCCCAAUGUGCAGACAGGCCAGCUGGAGCCCCUGUUGUCACGGUUCACUGAGGAGGAGGAGCAGCAGAUGAAGAGGAUGCUGCAGAGGAUGGACGUGCUGGCUAAGAAAGGCAGAGAGGCAGGCGUGCGGCUGAUGAUAGAUGCUGAGCAGAGCUACUUCCAGCCGGCUAUCAGCCGCCUGACCCUGGAGAUGCAGCGCAGGUUCAAUGUGGACAAGCCACUCAUCUUCAACACAUUCCAGUGCUACCUCAAGGAUGCCUAUGAUAAUGUGACCAUGGAUAUGGAACUGGCUCGCCGUGAGGGAUGGUGUUUUGGGGCCAAGCUGGUGCGUGGCGCAUACAUGGCCCAAGAGCGUGCCAGGGCUGCGGAAAUCGGCUAUGAGGACCCCAUCAACCCUACGUACGAGGCCACCAAUGUUAUGUACCACAGGUGCCUUAACUAUGUUCUGGAAGAGCUGCAGCACAGCCCCAAGGCAGAGGUGAUGGUGGCUUCCCACAAUGAGGACACAGUACGAUUCACACUCUGCAGGAUGGAGGAGUUAGGCCUGCAUCCUGAUGACGGCCAGGUGAGCUUCGGACAGCUGCUGGGGAUGUGUGAUCAAAUUAGCUUCCCACUAGGUGAGCUGGUUGUCCUGGGUGCAUGCAGGGGGUGGGAGGGGCACCAUGUUGUGAUGGGCUCUCACUCACAGCUGUGCGUGUGUAGGCCAGGCAGGAUUCCCUGUGUACAAGUAUGUGCCCUAUGGUCCCGUGAUGGAGGUGCUGCCCUACCUGUCCCGCCGUGCCCUGGAGAACAGCAGCAUCAUGAAGGGUGCUCAGCGAGAGAGGCAGCUGCUGCGGCAGGAGCUCCACAGGCGGCUGCGCACUGGCAACCUCUUCUACCACCCAGCCUAGUCACUGCAAUGGCCAUGCCCACACCUACUCCACUCAACCUCUUACCUCUCGGGCAGGGCACAGCUUUGGGUGGGCUGGGGUUCUCUGUGUAGCAUUGGCUGUCCUGGAACUCACUCUGUAGACCAGGCUGGCCUCAAACUCACAGAGAUCUGCCUGCCUCUGCCUCCCAAGGGCUGGGGUCAAAGGCAGAUGUCACCAUGCCGGGCGUGAAGCCUGCUUAGUGAAUAAAUAAUUUUGUACGUGA